GUUCAUUAAAUGUACUUCUGUUACUUGUUGUACUUAUUUUAGUAUAAUUUUAUAUCACAGUGCAGUUAGAGUGCGUUCUGUUUUAACAAUUUACUUGUUUAUGUUAUGUUUUUUAUCGAAUAAUGGGAUAUAGAAUGCUGUGGUCCAUAGACAUCUACAUCUAUUCUUAAAUAAGAAUCAAAAUACGUUGUCACCCCCGAGGAGUAAGAUGAAAUGCCUCGUUUCUGGUACACUCACCACACGGAACACAGCAAAAUUGAGCUGCUAUUUUACAGUUAUUAUUUAUUAUUUUUAGUGUUACGACCAUAACAUACGUGCAGCAUGGCUCUACCAUGUUACAACUUAUUGGUCACUUCAGGUACCUAGUUGAGUUAAUACGAUUAACAAAGAUUGUAUGAUUAAUUUCAAACUGGAAAUAGUAAGUAAAAACAAAAUUAGUCAUAGAUCAUAACACCUAGCGGAUUUCCCUCGUCCCUCGUGACAAAUCUGUUUGAUCUGUUUGAAAUUCACGGAAUCGUAAUGCGUAGCGCAAACAAACAUACUGACUGUAUACCAAUCAAUUUUAGGCAUUUAGACAGCCGCAUUAGAUAGCGCAUUACGCCUAUUGUAAACACUGUUGUCUAUCGAACGGAACUGGACCACCACGUUGAUAUACUUACUAUCUGUUUUACAAUUGCAUUUUAAUGACGAGCAUAUAUUACUAUAGCGUAAAACGGCCUCAUCCAGUAUACUGAAUAUACUCUGUUUCAGUAUACUCUAAUUCCUUGUUAUCCACCUGCGUGCGUGCUCAUAGCACUUGUUACGUAAUAAAUGAUGAAUGAUAUUUUUUUAAUUACACUCUUGACAUCUUUAUAUAAUCCAUCCAUCCAUCCAAAUUGUUUGUUGUUGCUGAUUUAAUGACUUGAUAAUGAUUGAGUUUGAUGUGUUAAUUUUAGUAAAACUGAAAUUUCCAAGAAUAAACAAAUUUGCAUGUCUCCCCCAGGUACUUAGUAUUCCCAUGUAAGAUACAUACAAAAAAGUAAGUAAAAAAAAUUUGCCACGUUCGCACAGAACACCAGCGUGAAAUAGCAGUUUAAUGCUGCUGUGUUUCAAAUGAUGAGUAACAAGAAAAAAAGACCGAUUUUACUGGUUACAAUUACGAGGCAUUCCAUCAUAGUUCUCAGGGGUGACAAAACGCAGUUGUAUGUUGAAUCUUAAUAGAGGAUAAUGUAGAUGUUUAUGGGUCGCGUAGCAUCCACUUACCAUCGGUUGAACUAUGUACUCGUUUGUUACCCCAUCCUUAACUCCUAUAAAACCACUUCUUGGCUAAUAAUUAACUAAAAUAAAAUAAAUAUCGCAUAGAAUACUAAUACGUAAAAUAGCAGCUUAACUCUGCUGUGUUUCGCAUGGUGAGUGUAGAGAACCGGAGACCCUUUUUACUGGAAAAGAGGCAUUCCAUCUUAGUCCUAACGGGUGACAGCGCAUCUGCAUUUUAAUUCGCAAACGAGGACAAAUGUAGAUGUCUAUGGGCCACAGCAACCACUUACCAUCAGGUGGACUGUGUGCUCGCUUGUCACCCUAUCCUAUAAUAAUAAAAAAUAAUAAAAUAAAUGAGGGUCGAAAAAAUACUCUCUAUAUUAGACACUAUCCAAGUGUCCCAUGGUGCAUAGAAAUCAAACUUCGUUGUCGAAUAGUUAAAUACUUCGUUAUGAUUACAUCCUAGCACAAGUUUACAGCUGAAUAGGCCACCCUGAUAGAUCACAAGAAAACACGGUCCUGAACCACCUGCAUCUACUUCCAUGCUGUACUUUGGUAAUCCAUUAUUGACAUUUUCAGUAAAAUAAAAACUGUUCACAUUUUGAUAGCUAUAUUAUGUUGUUCACUUUUAGGCAUAUUAUUAUAUAUUUUAGGCAUAUUUACGAAGCUAUCUCUAGGCGUACAGCUCAGACGCAGUGAGGUUAUUAAUGAGCAAAGUCAUUGAUUGAAUCAUUCAGAUAUCACGGAUCAUGUAGGUCACACCAGUAGAUCAUGGAAAUGGGUCAUCAGACAAUCAAGGUUCCUUAAUGAUAUGUAAGGAGGGUAAUUUAGUUUCACACCGUUAUGGAUAAGGUCACUGUUACACCUUCCGGGCAGGCCUGCAUCAUCUUUAUUGCAACUUUUUACCAAGUUUUUAUUGACUCGUUUUCGUGUAUGUCUGUUUAGGGUCUAAUUUGGUAAUUGAUUUUAAACUAAUUUCCCGAUGAGCUAGAUACUUGAAAUUUUGAACAUAGCUCAGAGUUGGAUUAAUAUUAUGUUUUUUUUUUCCUCAUUAAUUAUUUUUUAAUAAUCUAAAGCCAAUGUUUAAAUACACAAAAUAUCUUUAUGCCUAACUUAAAUAGGAUAAAUUAGAAUAAAUUUAGGAUGCUGUGUCAGACUCUCGGAAAACGACUGGGAUUACAAACGAGACUCGGCGACUUGAUACCUCGUACUUUGCUGUUGGUAGAGACCUGCCUUUGUCUAUCAACGAUCUGAAUCACAAAUAGCAUAUAGUAAUAGAAGCUGUUGAUUUUGUUUUUGUCUUGGGUGUGAAAAUCUAAAAUUGUAAAUAUUUUUUUUUGAAUUUUCCAUAUUUCAAGUAAAUUAAGCAUACAUUAUUCGAAAGGAACUAUGCACUAGAUGUGUUGACAAAAAAAAAGUGUGUAUAUGUUGCCGUUAAGGCAAGUAAAAUAAAGUUAAGAUAACAUAACAUACACACAUGAUGUUUUCCAUACAAAACGCUUUGACCAAUAAAAUGGCCAAACAACGAAACGCGAUAAUUUGUUAAUUUAUUAAUCAUGAUUUUUAUAUUUUUAUUCAGAGCUCUUUGCUAUUCCUGUUCCUCGGAUGCAGCGGAGUUUUAUCAGCUAGACUAUGCUGCACAAACAACGAAACUAUCAAGUUUCGAGGCUUCUGUGGCGACGAGUCCAAACGAAUCGACUUGAACUGUACCAACGGUCGCAUGCUUCUCAAAGACAUUAUCCUUGAGGGAAAUAAAGUCUCUACGCAAGACUCUCCUGGAUUCGUUUUUGUGGAAGAUCCUAAUGAGUACUGUACUGGUGUAAUGGAUCGUAACGCAAGUGAUUCGAGUAAGGGCCAGGUGCCGGUGGCGGUGGUGUGCUUCGAGGACUUGGGCCGGUCGUACGAAAUAGAGACCGGUGGGAUUCUAACGCUGAUUUCCGUGUUCUUUCUAGCAGUCACCUUCGCUGUGUAUAUGUAUUUACCACAAAUGAGGGACCUACAAGGCCUGUGCUAUAUGUGCAUGUGCAUCAGUAUGGCUUUAGGAUUCCUUUCGCUAGCAGUGCUCCAGCUCGGUACUCAGUUCGCAGGCGAAAUUUGUACUGUCACUGGCUUCAUGGUGUAUUUUUGGAUGAUGGCAACAUUCUUUUGGAUGAACGUAAUAAGCAUUAACAUGUAUCGGACUGUACAAGACGCAGCCUACUUGAAGAAGACUGAAAGAAAGCAGUACUUUUGCUACAGCUGCUAUGCCUGGGGGUGCACGCUUUUGUUACUCUUCGUGGCGCUUAUAACUAAUUUCGUAGAAGGAGAGCACUGGAAACCUGGCUUCGGCCAAACCAGCUGCUGGUUUCAAGGCCGCACGGAAACUUGGAUAUUCUUUUACGGUCCGGUCGCGAUGCUUAUUACGGCCAACGUCAUUCUCUUUGUCAUGUCGUCUUACAACUUGUGGAUGCAGCACACAAGGAAAUACGAAGUCAGCAAGUUAAACAACCUAAAGCAUAAAUUCCUGGUUUCUCUCAAGCUGUUCCUAGUUAUGGGUAUUUCUUGGAUAUUCGAGAUCGCUAGCUUUGCACACGGACAAGCACAUAUCAUUUGGAAAAUAAUGGACAUUUUUAACUGUCUACAAGGAGUCGUUAUAUUCCUCAUUCUGGUAGUGCUGAGAAGGAGAGCGAUGCAAGGUCUGGCCAACGAGAACUGUUGUCUACUAAUAACUCGUCCACUAGCUGAGAAACUGAGUCCCCACGAUGACGCGGACGAUCAACAAAUACUGUCCGAUGACACAGUAGAGGUUAGGCUGAACUAACUUAAGUGAUUGUUUAAAUAUCAACUUCCUUUUUUAAUUGUUUUAACUAAGUCAAGUAAUUAACGUAUGGUUAGAAAAAUUCCAAACAAGUUUUAUUGUCUUUGAAUAGAGAAAUAUAUAGUGUAAACAAAAUAUUCCAUGUUGUAAAAUAAGCUUUAAAUAUUCAAUUACAAAUAACAAAAAAAAAUACAUUUGUAAGUGAUAAAAAAAAAAGUUUUAACUUUGGAUACUAGAGCCACAUGACAACACGAAUCUCUUUCUUUUGUAUAACUUAUGUAGGUUUUAUUUUACUUGAGGAUUAAACGUCUGUUUAAGGAAGUAGGCUAGGUACCUAAAGUAACUAUAAUUGAUAGUAUCAAAAGAUCAUUAUGUUGUAUGAGUACUUUAAAACCAAAUAUAGAUGUACUUUAACACUUAUCUUUAGUUACUUACUUAUCACUGAAUAUCUUGCAUUAGUCAUAGUCUAAGUAGAUAAGGGUCUAAGACAUAAUUCGUAGAAUGCUUGCAUAUUAGUGGUUUUAUACACUAUAGUAAGUUUUUGAUUAAAAUAUAAUAUUAUGUGCCAUAAUACAUUUUAAAUUAUUAAGUAUCUGUAAAGUUUUGUAAUUAUGAAUAAAGAACUAAAUGAUCUAAAAAAAGUCUAUAAUAAUCUCUAGAAUUUACUCAAGUAAAUACUAAGAGAGAAACAGACUGAAUUUUUAUAAUAUUGUUCCUAUAUUUGUUGUAAUGCAUGAUAUUUAUGUUAAAAUAAAAGUUU